GACCAUCCCUUACAGUCUACCGCCAAACGGCGUAGAGAUUGGUGGCGUUCGUGCCGCCCCUAUUAACGGAAAGUCAAUAAUUUGAAGAUCAAAUGCUCUGCAGACCGCGUCCUGCUCUGCCCCCAGUAUCACAUGGUGAAAAGGGAUUUACAUGCGCACGCUAUUGGCCUCGGCACGGCGCGCUCGAGAGAGGUGAAGCUGUACCAACUGGGCUAGUGGAACGAGAGGGGGGAGUGUGUGCAAAGCGUGUGAGGAGGAGGAGGAGCGAAGCAUGGCGGACCAGACCAGGGGCAGAGGGAGCAGAAGCAACGAGAAGGACAAAAAAACUUGGUUGGCGCUGGCUGCAUGCUGGCCCGCAUAUUAUUGACAUGUUGGAGAUUGGCUGGUAGCCAAGUUGCAAAAAAGCCAGGGCUAGAGCAAACUAGCCGAUGGGCCGUGGACCAUAUGGAGAUCCCAUCGGAUCAGGCGCCUGGGAUAAGCAACUGGCGUCAGGGGGUGAAGCUGCGGGGGAAAUUGCGUCGAGGAGACGAUGGAUGGGAGAGCGAUUCAGGCCCUGUCUCCUGUCUCCCAAGCGCUCGCUGACCCUCCCUGUUCCCCGGACUUUUCGAGCCCGAUUCGCUCUCUGCUCGACUUAGCGAGGUCAUGGUCAUGGUUGACCAGGACCGGGGAUG